UGCUUGUUUUAGGAGGAAUGAACGGUGGUCCUGCUACUUGAAAUAGGUGAAGUCUACCGUGAAGUUGCACAUAAGUCGAGCGGCUAUUGUAUUAUGGGACUAGAGUCGGAAUACUGAAGGGCGCCGACAGUUGAACUGUGGGAGGCUAGAGAAGGAAUUUAUGGGGGGAACGGGCUAAAGUCCUAUUUGGCGUGACGUUUUAUCGCUUCGUCUAAGACCGAGGUCCUGCUCUGCUCUGCUGCCCGGUGGGAGAAAGUCGGUGAACCUACGCCGUCGACGACCGGGACCGGAAGGCGGUCCGCGAAGGGCGAAGCAGUCGAAUCCCGACGCGAGAGGCCACGGUUACGGGCGACGCCGCCGCUGAAGUGCCGUGACUCGGCGAGAGAAAAUUGAUGAAAACAAGACUGCGAAUACACGGAAAACUUCGCGGUGAGAAUGGAGGGACGGGGUAAACAACUGGCGACGGGGGAUCUGAAAUUUCUGGCCAGACUGAUGACAAGGUUCAUCAGGACGUCACACCAUCUUGAGAGUGUGGCGGAAGCCGACCGCCCGCCAUGGGGCAUUCGACUCCUGGAAAAAUCACUGGUAGAAGGGGUCAAGCCCUCCAAUCCGAAUGAGAAAAUCAAUACAUUGACCAAGUACAAUGCUAAGAAUUGGGCGUACGUGACACAACAGUCGCUCUUCGAACAUUAUUCGGAAACUUUGGCGUCGCUUAAAAUUGAACUCGGCAGGUUCAAAAAUGCACGCUGGCAAGACGCGCUGUCCUUGGCGGUGAAGUGGGCUAGAUUAGAUCUAGACACUCUACGGCAGGCCACUCUGGCGAAGGCGAGCGCGGAAAUUGAAUUUAUUAUGGGUGUAGCGGGAGCUCAGCCCCCGACAGGUAGAUGGGACACCCCGGUAGAUAGGCCGGACGCGUCGAUUCCAGGUCCGUCGACGAGACCGAUGGUCUCCGCGUACACGCAAACGGACGCCUGGACCCCGGAGGGGCCGAGCAACGCCGAAGAAACGCGGCCGUCCACGUCGACCGCGAACCCUGGGGCGCCGACCAAAAGGAAGCCGAACGACGGACCCGAAGAGAACCUGGCCCUCGAAAGUCACGGAAAAAAGAAGAAACAGAAGUCGGUAAGAACGACCGAUGAUGACUUAGAUCUGGAUGCACUGCUUGCAGAAUACACCCCGCCGUUAGAAGUCCUGUUGGGACCGGAGGAGCCCUCCGACCCCCUGGUCGAGGCCCUCGAAAGGGCGAUCACGCCCACCUUGCCGGAAAUCGACCUGAUCUCGGACGACGCCCUGAUGGAAGUGGAGGAAGCCCCGCCUUGGGACAUCGAGACGGUAGACACGAGCACGGUGGUGAUGACCUCCCCGAUCCUCGAGAGCCUGAUGGCGCCGUCCCCGCCUCGCGGGGACAUGAGCGAGACCCCCGGUGGAAAACCGCAGAGAGCCCUUGUCCCGCGAGCGCUUCGCAUGCCGGACGAAGCGGCCCCUGGACGUCCGGUGGAGAAAGAAGGCGAGUGGGGUGUCAGUAAGGGGGAGGGCGUCAAGUUGCGAAUUGACGGAAUGCAAUUGUUUAAAUUUCACGACCAUAAGGGUGACAAAUACGGGAAUUGGGACCUAGUGGUGGAUAGGCCCAUAUUAAUCAUGGGCGAUUCAAAUAUCUCUAGGCUACCGGGAGUCAGAAACACGAACGUUCAAAUGGACUCCUAUCCGGGCGCCAAAAUGAACCACCUGGUUCACGUUCUGGCCUUCAGAACCAAAAUAGUGGUCCCUCCCAAGAAAGUCAUCCUUUCAGUAGGCCUGAACGACAGAAACCAAACGAACCCCUCGAAACUCAGAGAAGACGUCAAGAAUCUGGCCGAGGUGGCGAAGAAGACUUUCCCGCAGAGCGAUAUAGGUAUCCCGAGAAUAAACCACUCGCCGUUAAUGACCAACUUCGUACGGGCCAAAAUAGAACAGCUCAAUUUUAUGAUAGGAGAGACAGGUUACGGGAUCCCUAAAUUGGGAGACCAAUUAUUUGAGACGCUCGGGGACGGGAUCCACUGGUCCCCAGCCACGGCCAAAAAUAUGUGGGCCUUGUGGUACGAAGGUUUUUUGGAAGGGGGACGUUUGUAGUGUCUCCGGGUUUUCCGAAUAGGAAAACUUACGGCUGGACCCGUCCUCCCCAAAAAUAUAAAAAAUAAUUUUUCCACCACUCUCUGUCCCUUCGUAAAAUUGAACUCUUUGUUCGUGACGUUUACAACCACGCACCCGCCGACACGGUUUAUACCUCGCUUCCGAGUACGAUGCCCGUUGGGCUGUUUUUGCUUUCUGUGUUUAUAACUGUGCGAUUUUUGAGUUAAGAGGACUUUGGUGGGCUUUUCUUGUUUUCAUGGGACGGUUUGGUUUUGUUUCAAGGCUUGUAAGAAAAGGUUUUUUUUCUUUCUCGGAUUGUUUUUUUUCAUAUUGUACCAUAUGUAUAUGGGUGGAUAAUUUUUUUUAUAUAUGUAUGUAUACACGUACAUGUACAUAAUCUCUAUAUAUAAUUCUUUUUCAGGUUCUUGUUGGUUUGUUUUUGUUCAUAUUUUUUCAAUACAAUUUAUGCUGGUAUUCCGGCGUUU